GACGAAUUCUCAGACGAUUAAACUGCUCCAACUCCAUUGUUUUUUCUUCAAUUAACUAUUCAUUGUAUAAUAUUUAAUCCUCAAAGCUCCUUCGAAUCUCAGAUUAUAGGGUUUCUUGAAGAGCCAGUCGAUUCGGCAAGACUGAUCUUCUCUCAAAGAGGAAGAAAGCGUGCAAAACCCAGUAUUUGGAGCUCUUCGAUCGUCAGAAGACUCAAAUUGAAACCUUGGAGCUUGAUCCUGUGUAAAUCUAGUAGUUGAGACUAGAAGGAUUUUCUGUCACUUUUUCCCCUGAAUUGGUUGAAAUCGCAUGAAAAAUGGAGGAGGUUUGGAGGGUGCUCCAUUCAUGGGGAGAUUUUGAAAUCUAGGGUUCCUACAGGGCCCUUUGUUUCGGGAAAGGGCCCUAGGAGCAGAGAGAAAUGAAGGAUUUGUUUGGGAGCCCUGGCACUGUGAGUGGGCUUCUUCUGAGAGUAGGACAAUGCUUGUUUGCUGCUGCGUCCAUUGGGGCGAUGGUCUCUGCCUUUGGCUUUUCUAACUAUACCGCUUUCUGCUAUUUAAUUGCUUCAAUGGGGCUUCAAGUACUGUGGAGUUUGGGACUUGCUUGUCUUGAUGCUUAUGCUUUGAGGAUAAAGCGGGACCUUCGGAAUCCUGUCUUAGUGAGCCUGUUUGUUGUUGGUGACUGGGUGACAGCCACUCUAUCACUUGCAGCAGCAUGCUCAUCAGCAGGGGUUACAGUUCUUUAUGCGAGGGACUUGAAUUUUUGCAAGACACAACCUCUACUCCCUUGCAGUAGGUUCCAAAUUUCUGUAGCACUAGCUUUUAUCACCUGGGUCCUCAUAGCCAUAUCCUCUUUGAUUAUGUUUUGGCUAUUGGCUUCUGUUUGAAUGACUCACUCUCUUUCCUCAUCUCUUUUCCUCACAAUUACUAUAAUCCUUUCCAUGUAAAGCUUGCCACGUAUGUAAGAUACACUUGUUUCAAGCAAGGGCCAGAAAGUCUUGACACGGAAUGACAUUUAUUGCAUUAAUAGA